CAGAUGUUCGCCGUCGCUGGAGUGUAAACCACACAGAGAUAAGUUUUUUCGGGUGAUCGGCGUAUUUAUCAUCAUAGUCAUGACUCAUCAAGCGUCCGUAUGCUUGUUACUUGCUGUAGUGCUGUUUUCAACAUUUUGUGCUGAAUCUCGACGUUUAAGGCUUUUGCCAGGCGAAGAUGAUGAACUAAAGAAGGUUGGAGUGGAUUUCAUCAAUUUACCCACGUGUGGUAAGUCCACGGUAGGAGGAAGCCGGGUAGUUGCUGGCACGGAUGCUUCCUAUGGCGAAUGGCCCUGGCAAGCGAAGCUUCUAACCGAAGGCACCUUCACAUGUGGCGGCUCGCUCAUUACUCCAUCAUGGGUUAUGACAGCUGCACAUUGCAUCUCAAAAGAAGAUCCUAGCGUGUACAGCGUAACGCUAGGUGACCUCCACAGAGAGAAACCUGAAGGAACUGAGCAGGAGUUCCCCGUGAAAAAAGUUGUAGUUCAUCCCAAAUACAAUUCACCAGUUGCCGUUAACAACGAUAUAGCCUUGCUGCAGUUGACGCGAUCAGCUACAAGGACAUCCUUUGUGAACACGGUAUGUUUACCGGAUGAGUUCGAAGUGGUGCCCAUUGGAACAAAAUGUUACAUCUCAGGCUGGGGACAGAUGACUCAUCCAGACUCUGCUGCUAUUAAACUCCAACAAGCCGCCAUGCCCGUGGUGUCCAACCGCGUCUGCCAAGCCAAGCAUAUGGCGUCACCUGUUAGCAGACCAGGGGAGAGUGCUGUAACUUCCGCCAUGAUUUGUGCAGGAGAUGCGGGUAAAACCAAGAUCAGUGGUUGCUUCGGUGACAGCGGAGGGCCCUUCGUCUGCCAAAACUCCGCUGGGCGGUGGGUGCAGCAAGGUAUUGUGAGCUGGGGGGACACCACAUGUUCUUCAAAGGCUCACUUUACCGUUUUUGCUCGAGUGAGCGUGUUUCGAAAAUGGAUCGAGGACCAGCUCAGCGAGUAAAUCGAUUACGUUCUUCAAACACAUUGCUUACCAUGUAGUUUCUGAUAAGUUAAAACUGUUACGCAUUUAAAGGAUAGUUUCGAAUUAUUAAAAGUUUGGAAAGAAUAAAGUGAUGUACCAGCCAA